AACAGCGCACUUGGGCAGCUCUUCAAGCUGAGCUGGCUGAUCGCUCGGGUUCUGCUGUGGGCUUGUCAGGCGCUUCUGGAUGUUUUGAUAGAGGAGGGAAGACACGCCACCAGGUUUUUGCACAGUCCUCUCAAUUCCUUAACCGUCAAGACAGCAUUUUGAAGAGCUAAACUCGACGACAUGGACACCGCCAAUCAAGACAUUAAUCUGAACUCGCCACACAAAGGCCUGGGCUCGGACUCAAUCUCAGAAAUGCCAGAAGAGAGAGGCGCAGCGGCUGUGAGUCCUGGGACUCUCCCUCCAGGCCUGACAGAAGAAGAGGCAGAGGAACUCAGACUGGAGCUCACUAAGGUAGAGGAGGAGAUCAACACCUUGCGGCAAGUGUUGUCAGCUAAAGAGCGCCACGCAUCGGAGCUGAAGCGCAAACUUGGCCUCAGCCCCCUGACUGAGUUUAAACAGAACAUCACUAAAAGUUGGCAAGACGUCCAGACCUCAAAUGCCUAUGUGACAAUGUCAGAAAAGCUGGGCCAGUGGAAUGAGAAGGUUACAGGGUGUGACAUAUAUCUUUCAGCUUCUUCCACUCUGGAUGACAUUACCAGCUCUGAAGUGUAUAAAAAGACUCAGGAAACGCUGUCUCAGGCUGGACAGAAGACCUCGGCUGCCCUCUCCACCGUUGGCACAGCCAUCAGCAGGAAACUGGGUGACAUGAGAGCUCUUCCUUUCUCUAACUCCUUUGGUAGCAACUACUCCAUUCGUCAUUCAAUAAGUAUGCCAACUAUGAGGAACUCUCCAACCUUCAAGUCAUUUGAGGACAAAGUUGGAAACAUCAAGUAUAAGGUGGUUGGAGGUAAAGCCAAUGGUGAAAGUGCCCACUCUCCGAAUGAGGCGGACCCCGCGCAGGAAAACGCUCCAUUCUGAGAGCCUGCCUCUCUCCACCCAAACACUCAUCUCAUUUCUUUGUGAAUCCUGACUACACCCACACUUCAGUUCUCCAAAUCCUUGCGUUCCUCCAUCCCUCCUUCCUCUGAAACCCCUCCACCUCCUGCUAAGCAUGUGCUUGCUCAUCUCACUAAACACACACAGUACAGGGGACAUCUGUGACAUGAAAUCCUCACAGGUUGUACAAAAGAUGUUGAAUCAUUUUGUAUUAGAAACUAUUUUACACUGCUUUGCAUAACGUUUUUACAUAACUUUUAUCUAUAUAUAAAUAUAUAUAUGAAUAUAAAGGAAAACAGAUAACUAUAUUUAAACCACUGCCAAGCAGCGUUCAUCAGAUGGCAGAGGGGUACAAAAAUACACCAAGGAGAAACAUUUAAAUCCCGAGGGGGGAGGAUUAUAGACCAAUAAAGACAACAAACUGCAGGUUUCUAUGCUGCUGAGCAUUCAGUUGAGUUGUUUUUUUACUCUCAGUACAAUGUGAAGCACUGCUUUGCUGUACACCUGGUGAAUGUCUGACCUUCUCAGUCGGCCUUACACUUUCACUCUGUAUUGCUUUAUUGGUCUCCUGCUGGAAAACAAAUCAUGUAACGUGAAUUAUUAUUAUUUCUUUCUUUAGCUUUGUUCAUUCUUGCUCCUCGUUCAGUUAUUUUCUUCAGAUUGUUGGGAAUGUUUUAUUUAUGCUGUUUACUUUACGGAAAUCGCUUGCCUUUGCUUUGUGCCAUGCUGUUAUUAAAUGCCAUAGGCUCUUUUUUUCCUGUCAGAAUGUUUCACAAACAUAAUUAUCACUUCACAAAGAUCACUGUUCAGUUGUAAACAAAUAAAAAUGCAAUUGUUCUCAUGUGCACUAACCCAAAUUGUAACACAGUCAGUCGAAUUCCUUUUGUUAGCGGCAUUUUUUCCCCCAACAGACAUAAACACUAGUGUAGUCUGUAUGGUAGCACAGUCACUUUUUAACCUGAAUGUUAUUGGGAUUUAUUUCACUAUUAUUAGCAUUUGUAAUCUAUUAUUUUACAUGAAUAUUUUCCUUCGUUCUAUCCUGAUAUUUCAUUUACUAUGGGUGUCGGUGAGUGGCCUUGUUUCAGUUUAAUACAUAGCUGUUUACCACAUGUGGAUACAAGGGAUUACAAAUAUUUGAUUGACUGAUGCCAAUUUCACACGGCUUUCUACCGGAGUCCGUGUGUUAUGCCAUAGAAUUAGUGGGUGGAUGCAACUGUUGAUCUGUGAAUGUUGAAAAGAUGGUGGACAUUCAGAGGGAAAGGACUUUUUUGUUGUUAUUUUUAGUUCAUGUGAUUUCGGAAGGUUAUAGGGAACAGGCACCAUAUAGCUUUAAAAUAGAGAUCGUUUUCGUUUAACACAACAGUGGUGUAACGCUUCAUUUACUUUGUCAGUCGUUUGUAUAUCAAUAAAGCAUUCGUUCAAA